CCAUGGGCGGGACUUCCGGUCAGAUCCCUGCCGGGGGCGGGACUUCUUGUUUUCUUCCUAGAGUAGGGGCCUCGCUGGUACGCGGGCGUGGUUCAGCCCCGGGCCGCAGCCUUCGGUGGUAGGAUCCCCCUGGGACCCCCCGCUCUGCGUCCCGUGCUGCAGCCGUUUCCUUCCCUAUCUCCCGUCACACCUGUCCUAGGAGGCCUGCACUUUCCCGCUGGAUAGCUCCCCCUGGCUGGUCUGUCCCUGACUCUCACCUCAUAGGAGACCACAGGCCUAGGAGGUCCGAGUAAGUCGCCCUCCUUUGAGCCGCCUUCGGAAGCCAGUCAGCCUGUUUUCACACUGCUGCUGCUAGUAGCUGGGUCCUGUCGUCAUUUGCUCUCUCCUCAGAGAAGUGAGGACCCAGGCUAAUAGCAUACAGGUCGUGCCAUCUUUUGGACCAGUCACUUUCUCGCCCUGAGCCUUAGCCUUAUGUUUCCAGCCUCCUUUCUCAGCUAGGGAGGGUGUGUGAUGUGAGUAGGAGUCUUUGGGUGGCUCCUAAAGCUUUGGCUGGGACUUUGAAGUCCAAAAACAGCACUAUCAAACCACAACAGCUCAUUUCUGUGUCUGUGGCAAGUGUCUGCAGCUUUCUCCUUUUCAGUGGAAAGUUGGGAUGCGAAGUUUAGUGUCUUGAAGUAGGCAGGGUAGAACUCAGGAUUGGCAAAGGGCUCUGGACAGACUGUCCUUGUCAGUGGCCAGUUCAGCUGGUGGGACAGUCAAGGUCUGGUCUUCCUGAUUUGGAGCUUAAGACCCGAAAGUGGAGCGACCACUACUCUUCAUGUCAUAGGAAGUGAGAGGUUGCUUAGGAAUGGCCAUCGCAUUCUGGUCCAGCAUGUGAGCAGCCCCACCUUGGGGAGGCAGGUGGAAGGUGACAGGGUGAAUCUGUUGAGUGUGCACGACAGUUUGCAAACUGCAACCAGAUUUCAGAUUCUGCUCUUUACUGUGGUCCUGAUGCGCUGGGAUCCCUUCGGGGCUCAGGUUUGCACUGCCUGUCAAGCAGGGGCUUUGGCUACCACACACCCUGGUGUGUGGAAAGAGACACCGUGGUCCAUAGUCCCACCACAGGAGCCAGGAGAUAGGCAGCGAUGUAGCUGUCAGCAGGGGCUGAGGACCUGGAAAAGCCCUGAGCAGCUUGCGCCCUCCUUCCCCCACAUUCAGCCAGAGCUCAGCCCUGUCCUAAGAGAGUGACCCUGAAAGCCCAGCAGGUGGACUGGGGUGACCCAGGGAGGGACUGUCUUCCUCACCAGCUAAGUGUAAGGUUGGCAGUGACCUGAAGGCCAGUGAGCUGAGUGUGCAGUCCAUCUGGUCCUGGAAACUGUGGAGGGCAGAGUUCCACAGUAGUGGAGGACCUGCUGGACCAAGUGAAGGAUGGAGGCCUAGCAGUGGCCAGGGUGCAAAUUACCUGUGGUUUUCAUUGAGCCCGGCCUCUGUGACCAAGGGUGACCGCAAAGCCAUGGCAGUUUUGCUUCAGCCUCUGAGUGUUGUGAUUUCAGUUGUAUGCCUCCCAUGCCUGGCUCACAUGUGCUUUAACACCCAACACACCGAGGACAAGGUGCACAUGAAAUCCAUGGCGCGGAUGGCGUCUGGGCGGCCAGAGGAACUGUGGGAGGCCGUUGUGGGGGCCGCCGAGCGCUUCCGGGCCCGCACUGGCACAGAGCUGGUGUUGCUGACUGCAGCGCCACCACCACCACCCCGCCCAGGGCCCUGUGCCUAUGCCGCCCAUGGCCGUGGGGCCUUGGCAGAAGCUGCACGCCGCUGCCUCCACGACAUCGCACAGGCACACAGGGCUGCCACCGCCACCCGACCUGGUCCCCCACCAGCACCACAGCCGCCCAGCCCUGCUCCUAGCCCUCCGCCUCGGCCAGCCCUGGCCAGGGAGGAUGAUGAGGAAGAUGAGGAUGAGCCUACUGAGACAGAGACUUCUGGGGAGCGGCUGGGCGGUAGCGAUAAUGGAGGACUCUUCAUGAUGGAUGAGGACGCCACUCUCCAAGACCUGCCCCCCUUCUGCGAGUCAGACCCGGAGAGCACAGAUGACGGCAGCCUGAGUGAGGAGACCCCCGCUGGUCCCCCAGCCUGCCCCAAGCCCCCGGCCGCAGCCCUGCCCACCCAGCAGUACGCCAAGUCCCUGCCUGUGUCGGUGCCAGUGUGGGCCUUCAAGGAGAAGAGGACAGAGGCGCGAUCUUCAGAUGAGGAAAAUGGCCCGCCCUCCUCUCCCGACCUGGACCGGAUCGCCGCCAGUAUGCGGGCACUGGUGCUGCGGGAGGCCGAAGACACCCAGGUCUUCGGGGACCUGCCGCGGCCGCGACUCAACACCAGCGACUUCCAGAAGCUGAAGCGGAAAUACUGA